UUUCUCUACUAAUUCGUUAUUUUCUAGCUCUUUGUUCAUGCUGACAGAAUAUUUAACCAAGAAGGCAAUCUAUAUGAAAGGAGAGCAAAUGUGUUCCUCUUUCUUAGCUGGCCCAUCUCUGCAAGGAAUGUUAAACUGUACAGGAAAAAACUGAGGAGAUUUGGAGUGCGCGUGUUUGCUGACUAUUGUGAGAAGCUGCUAGGCGACAUCCUGAAAUAUCAGCGCCAUUAAUAUAAACGUUUAUGCAAGUCUGUUUUGGUUAAUGGAUAUAAUGAAGACUUGGAAAUGGUUUGCAGUCUCACUGAAAUUAAGGCACUAGAGCUCUGGGUGAGCGACCGGAGGAAUUAAAAGUUUUCCACCCGUAGUUAAGUGGGCGCGUACCAUCCAAGAUAUAACCGUCAUCACUUCGGUGUCCGAGUGGAGACUUUGAAAGCAGGAAAAAAUAUAAGACGAUGUCCUCAAUGUUUGGGAAAAACAGAGCUGGCAACUUGUCGACGAUCCCCAACAAAUGCGUAAAAGAAUGCAACGUUGCAAUACUAGGAUGUAAAGGCUCUGGAAAAUCUGCUCUGCUUGUGAAGUUUCUCACGAAGAGAUUCAUCAGUGAAUAUGAUCCAAAUUUAGAUACCUACACUUCAGAAGACAUUGUGGAUCAACAGCCCGUUAUACUCAAAAUCAUGGACACAGCUGAUCAGGAGGAGCCUGCUAACAUGGAGCGUUACCUAAACUGGGCAAAUGCAUUCUUGGUAGUUUACAGCAUUGACAACAGAAGGAGCUUUGAAGUCUGCCACCAGUAUUUAGAAUCCCUCUCCCAAUGUACUAAGGCUCUACAUCAAGAACGUCCAAUCAUUCUGCUUGGAAAUAAGCUUGACAUGGAAAGAUACAGGCAGGUGAGCAAGUCUGAUGGAAUAACAAUGGCUUCCAAAUAUGGCUGUUCAUUUUUUGAAGUAUCUGCUUGCCUAGACUAUGACUGUGUGCAACAUGUUUUUCAUGAAGUUGUCCGAGAAAUUAAAAAGGCAGCAAAGAGAAAGCUUCCCAUUCAUCCUCUGUUCAUCACUGAAGAAAAGCCAGCUGUUGCCUUGUCAUCUGUCACGCCCAUCUCUGCCACCUGCAAGGAAAUGCCUUCCAUUGCACAAGCAAAGCUAAUCACUGUAAAAUCCUCCAGGGCUCAAAGUAAAAGACGAGCACCUACGCUGACGCUGCUGAAAGGUUUCAAAAUCUUCUGAUAUAGAUACAGAGACAAAUUUAUACUCUGCAGAAAGUACAGUAGCCUUACAGGACAGCAAAAAAAUUUAAAAAAUUCAUCAAUCUAUAUUUUAUAAGAUGUGCUUCUGAGAUCAAAGCUAUUUUAAAUACUUUUAAGUUGUAAGAAACUUUGUUCAUAUACUACAUUUAAAGAAAUUGAAAGUUUAGAAAAAAUAUUUGUAAAUAAAUAUUUCGUGAAUAAA